AUGGAAGCAGAACAUAAGUCAGUGAUGGAGAAGGAGCGGGGUGACGAGUUAAUCCAAAGUGUUGAUCAAACACCAGAAGCGAAUGCUGAUCAUCAAGCGGUUAAAGGGGAAAGUGAGGAAGUGGAACAAGAAGUAGCAGAAGAAACUAAAUACGUCAUUGAAGAAGAAGAUCAUGAAGAAGAGAGUAAUAAAGAGGCAGAGGCAGAGACACAGGCAGACUUCAAUUUCCGGCAAGAAGCUGAAGAAGAGGAAGAAGAAGAAGAAAGAGAACAAAAUGGGAUGAUAAGUACAGAAGAAUUAAACAAAAAGUUCGAAGAUUUCAUCAGAAAAAUGAAAGAAGAGUUAAGGAUUGAAGCUAGACAGCAAUUAGUGAUGGUUUGA